AUGGCAAUUGAUCACACUAGCUUUUACGUUCCUGAAGAGAAAUUUCAACAAUGCCUUAAGUUUUACCUCGAAGCUCUCAAGCCUCUGGGCUAUCAAAUUCGUUAUCAAUUCGGAGAAUUUGUGGUUGGACUGGGGUCGAGAAAUGAGGACUUCAGCACUUACCAACGUGCCGACUUCUGGGUCUUCGGCACAAAGACUAUACUUAAGCGACCUGCUCAUAUCGCAUUCAAAUGCCACGAUCAUGCGUCUGUUGACGCUUUCCAUGCUGCAGCUAUCAAAGCAGGUGGCAAGGACAACGGUUCGCCGGGAUUGCGAUCAUCCUACCACCCCAACUAUUAUGGUGCUUUCGUGAUAGAUCCCUCAGGAAAUAACAUCGAGGCUGUUGAUCAUGGUGUUUACUCAAAUCCCUGA